AUGGUUGCAACCACGAACUCCGAGUCAACUCGUUUUGACUCCCAGUCAUCGCAAUUGCCCGAGAUUGAAACCGAUGUCCUCAUUGUAGGCGCUGGUGUAUCUGGGCUAUCAUUUGCAGCCAUGCUGGCAGCUCUGAGCGUCAAAGUGUUCGCUAUCGCAAAGCACAGCGGUACCGCGCCAGCUCCACGUGCCCACGUCACCAACCAGCGGACCAUGGAGAUCUUCCGCGACAUGGGCAUCGAAGAGCUCAUCCAAGCCGCAGGAACCUGCAUGCCCGAGAUUGGCAACAUGGUCAUGGCUACUAGUCUCACAGGCAUGGAGAUUGGACGCUACAGCUGCUACGGCGGAGGUGACCAUCAGCUGACCGACUUCGCAAAGGCUAGUCCUAGCAAGAUGUGGAACACGCCCCAGAACAACAUGGAGCCUAUCUUGCUGCACAGGGCACGAGAGAAAGGAGCUGACAUACGCUUCUACCACGAGCUGGUGGACAUUCAGCAGUCUGAUGAGGGUGUUGUCGCUAGAGUACGUGAAAGGACCAGCCAAGGAGAGUACAUCGUCCGUGCCCGUUACGCUGUUGGUGCAGAUGGAGCAAGGUCGACGGUGGCCCAGAAAAUCGGAUUCGGUUUCGUUGGGGAGCCAGGACUUAUGCACAUGAUAAGUUCUUGGGUUGAGAUGGAUUUGACCCAGUACGUCGCUCAUCGCCCGGCUUGUAUCUAUUUGAUGUUACAACCCGGUGAUGCGUACUGGGUUGGCUCGGGAACCUGUAUCCUCAAGAAGCCCUGGGACGAGUGGAUUGUCAAUCGGCAGUACAACGCCGCAGAUGGGGAGCCCGACAUGAGUGACGAAGCCAUUAUUGCUCAUGCCCGUAGCGCGUUGGCCAUUCCAGACUCUCUUCCGAUCCGGGUGAAGCACAAGGGCAAGUGGCAAGUCAACCAUGUUGUCGCGACUGAGUAUCGUCACGGCCGGAUUUUCCUUUCUGGAGACGCGGCUCACCGUCACCCUCCCGCCAGUGGACUCGGAAGCAACACCUGUGUACAAGAUGCUUACAACCUCUCGUGGAAGCUAGCCGCUGUCAUCAAGGGACAGGCUGGUGAGGGUAUUCUCGAGAGUUACAACCAGGAGAGACAGCCCAUCGGCAAACAGAUUGUCGAUCACGCAAUUGAGACGCUUCACGACAUGGCACUUCUUCCCGGUGCCCUCGGGUUUGAGCGAGGUCAGUCCCGAGACGAUGGUUUUGCGAAGCUCGAGGAGCUCUUCUCCGACGCUGAUGGCGCAUCUGAGCGCCGCGAGUUUCUGAGGAAGACGAUAGACCGUGGUAAUCGUCGUUCCAACCCUCUUGGAGUACAUCUGGGCCAUCGUUAUGCCAAGUCGGUUGCUGUGGCUGACGACGGAACGCCGUUCCCUGAAUAUGAGCGUGACCCUGUUCUGUUCUAUCACCCCACGACUCACCCGGGCGCCUACAUCCCGCAUGCUUGGAUAGAGCUUAAUAAAAAGCGCAUCUCGGUCCUGGAUAUCUUUGAGCAUGGCAGUUUUGGUCUUGUAGUUGGUAUUGGCGGAAAGCCUUGGGAGGAGGCUGCUGCUGUUGUCAGCAAAGAGCUUGGUGUCAAGUUACCUGUGUACUUUGUUGGCCAGGGUUGUACUUAUGCCGAUGUCUUGGCUGAAUGGACGGAUCGACGUGAGAUUAGUGACCGUGGGGCUCUUUUGGUUCGACCUGAUCGUCAUAUUGGCUGGCGAUCGUUUGAUCGGCCCCAAGACCCUACCGCGACUUUGCGAUCAGCUUUGCAGCAGGUUCUUUCACGCAAGUAG